CCCGCCUCCGCAAGUUCAGCUCUUACCUUAUCCUUCCACGCCUUGAUAACAUUAUCGCUGCCCUUCGUUGGUUUUAUGUUACACCAGUCGCCACAAGACUGGCGAUGUCCAUCCGCACCUUGAUUUGCGUUCAUCUGUACUUGCGUGUAGUACUGCUGUCGAACCGGCACUGCCCAUCAUGACGGCCACAGAACCAGAGGUUGAGCGACGCGCUUCUUCCGGCAGCGUCAAUGAAGGCGAUGAGGACCGCCUUGCGCAGUUCGGGUACAAGCAGGAGCUGAGACGGGACUGGGGGUUAGCACACAACUUUGGCGUCUCCUUCUCCAUCAUCAGCGUCAUCACCGGCAUCACGACACUCUUCUCCUAUGGUCUGAACACGGGCGGACCGGCCGUCAUGUCGGCCGGGUGGAUCAUUGUGUCCUUCUUCACGCUGCUGGUGGCGAUCGCGAUGGCCGAGAUCGUGUCGGCCAUCCCGACCAGCGGGGGGCCGUACUUCUGGGCGGCGCUCCUCGCACCGCCGCGGUGGUCGCCAUUUGCCGCGUGGCUCACGGGGUGGUACAACCUGCUCGGGCAGGUGGCCGUGACGACGGGCAUCUCGUUCGGCCUGGCGGGGCUGGUCUCGACCGCCGUCAUCGUCAAGAACCCGGACUUCGCGCCCUCGCCGGGCAUCACCAUCGGCAUCUACGCCGCCAUCCUGGGCUCGCACGGGGUCGUCAACACGUUUGGCGUGCGCCUGCUCAAGCACCUGAACAACCUGUCGAUCCUGCUGCACAGCGCGGGCGUCACGGCGCUGGCCGUCGCGGUGUUGGCCAAGGCGCCCACGCACCGGCCGGCCUCGUUUGUGUUUGGCAACUUCCACGACGGCACGGGCGGCACCGAUUACGGCGCCGAGGGCUGGAGCGUCCGCGCGAGCCCCGUCUAUGUCGCCGUGUGUGGCGCGCUGCUGUCGCAGUACACGCUCACCGGGUUUGAUGCCUCGGCGCACCUGAGCGAGGAGACGCGCAAGGCCAGCUGGAGCGCGCCCAUCGGGGUUGUGUCGAGCGUUGGCUUCAGUUCGUUGUUUGGUUUCUUCGUGCUGAUGGCGCUGCUGUUCUCCAUUCAGGACUUGGACGCCGUGUUGAACAGUGCGUAUGAGCAGCCGGUGUUGCAGAUCUUUGUGGAUAUUGCGGGCGAGGAUGGCGCGCUGGCCUUGUUCUCGCUGGUCAUGGUGUGCGUGUGGCACUGUGGACUCUUCAGCAUGACCAGCAACAGCAGGAUGAUGUUCGCCUUUGCGCGUGACGGGGGGAUUCACCCCUUCUUCCACAAGGUCGACGACCGCUUCCGCUCUCCCACCCGCGCGGUCUGGCUCGCUGCCACGCUCUCUUUCAUCCUCGCCCUACCCUCGCUGGGAUCCAGCGUCGCCUUCUCGGCGGCAACCUCGAUCGCCACCAUCGGCCUGUAUCUAAGCUACGGCUUGCCCAUCCUCAUCGGCCUCGUAUGCCACCGGUCCUUUGCGGCGAUCAAGGGCCCCUUCAACCUGGGUGCGCUGUCCAGGCCGAUCGCGACGGUCGCUUGCCUGUGGAUCGGCUUCAUCACGGUGGUCUUCUGCCUGCCCACAGCCAACCCUGUCACGAGCCAGACGAUCAACUACACGGCUGUUGCCGUUGGAGUGCUUACCCUUGGCGCCGUAGGGUCGUGGGUCGUCUGGGCCCGUCGGUGGUUCACGGGGCCUUCGGUCGAGGUGGCCGAGGCGAUGCAGUUGGGCGUGGACAUCACGGAGCCGGGCGCACUGGAGGACCGGGAGAAAGGGGGUGCGAGUAGCCAGUAGACGUUGGGGCCAAACAGAUACCUACAUUAACAUAGCACCACGGUCUCCCUUCGAUUUGGGAGUACUUCCUGGA